AACAAUCCACUCCGCCCUUCAUAUGCGCGCACCGCUCCUCCCGUUGUUUCCAUCGACAGAAGAGAGAGUUCAGAUCAAACGCCGAAGCAAUUCUUCCGCAAGAUUUCGAGUGAUCCCAUCUCAAUCCAAGCUAAACCGAGAGAUUUUGAUUUGUUGCUGUAGAUUGAUUGUGUGAGGAGAGGAGGAGCAGCCAUGAAUCCGGACAACUUCACGCACAAGACCAACGAGGCGCUCGUGGCGGCGCACGAGAUAGCGUCGGAGGCGGGGCACGCGCAGCUGACGCCGCUGCACCUGGUGGCGGCGCUGGCGGCGGACAAGGGCGGGAUACUCCGGCAGGCGAUCUCGCAGGCGUCCGGCGGGGACGCCGGCGCGCCGGACUCGUUCGAGCGCGUGGUGAGCGGGGCGCUCAAGAAGCUGCCCUCGCAGUCGCCGCCGCCGGACAGCGUGCCGGCGUCCACGGCGCUGAUCAAGGUCAUCCGCCGCGCGCAGUCCGCGCAGAAGAAGCGCGGGGACUCCCACCUCGCCGUCGACCAGCUGCUGCUGGGCCUCCUGGAGGACUCGCUAAUCUCCGACUGCCUCAAGGAGGCCGGCGUGUCCGCGGCGCGGGUGCGCGCCGAGCUCGAGAAGCUCCGUGGCGGGGAGGGCCGCAAGGUGGAGUCCGCGUCCGGCGACACCAACUUCCAGGCGCUCAAGACCUACGGCCGCGACCUCGUCGAGCAGGCCGGUAAGCUCGACCCCGUCAUUGGCCGCGACGAGGAGAUCCGCCGCGUCGUGCGCAUCCUGUCGCGCCGCACGAAGAACAACCCCGUACUCAUCGGCGAGCCCGGCGUCGGCAAGACGGCCGUCGUGGAGGGCCUCGCGCAGCGCAUCGUGCGCGGGGACGUGCCCAGCAACCUGCUCGACGUCCGCCUCAUCGCGCUCGACAUGGGCGCGCUCGUCGCCGGCGCCAAGUACCGCGGCGAGUUCGAAGAACGGCUCAAGGCCGUGCUCAAGGAGGUGGAGGAGGCCGAGGGCAAGGUGAUCCUCUUCAUCGACGAGAUACACCUCGUCCUCGGCGCCGGGAGGACGGAGGGCUCCAUGGACGCGGCCAACCUGUUCAAGCCAAUGCUCGCGAGGGGCCAGCUCCGGUGCAUCGGCGCCACGACGCUGGAGGAGUACCGCAAGUACGUCGAGAAGGACGCCGCGUUCGAGAGGCGGUUCCAGCAGGUGUUCGUCGCGGAGCCGAGCGUCCCGGACACCAUCAGCAUCCUGCGAGGCCUCAAGGAGAAGUACGAGGGGCACCACGGUGUGAGGAUCCAGGACCGCGCGCUCGUCGUCGCCGCGCAGCUCUCGGCGAGGUACAUCAUGGGACGCCACCUGCCUGACAAAGCGAUCGACCUCGUCGACGAGGCCUGCGCGAACGUGAGGGUGCAGCUGGACAGCCAGCCAGAGGAGAUCGACAACCUCGAGAGGAAGAGGAUUCAGCUGGAGGUGGAGCACCACGCGCUGGAGAAGGAGAAGGACAAGGCAAGCAAGGCCCGGCUUGUCGAGGUCAAGAAAGAGCUGGACGAUCUGAGGGACAAGCUGCAGCCAUUGACGAUGAAGUACAGGAAGGAGAAGGAGAGGAUCGACGAGAUCAGGAAGCUGAAGCAGCGCCGCGAGGAGCUCCAGUUCACGCUGCAGGAGGCCGAGCGCCGGAUGGACCUCGCCCGCGUCGCCGACCUCAAGUACGGCGCGCUCCAGGAGAUCGACGUCGCCAUCGCGAAGCUCGAGAGCGAGACGGGGGAGAACCUGAUGCUCACCGAGACCGUCGGCCCCGAGCAGAUCGCCGAGGUGGUGAGCCGCUGGACCGGCAUCCCGGUGACCCGGCUCGGCCAGAACGACAAGGAGAGGCUCGUCGGCCUCGCCGACAGGCUGCACCAGAGGGUGGUCGGCCAGGCGGAGGCCGUGAGCGCCGUCGCCGAGGCGGUGCUGAGGUCGCGCGCCGGACUUGGCCGGCCGCAGCAGCCCACCGGCUCGUUCCUCUUCCUCGGUCCCACCGGCGUCGGCAAGACCGAGCUCGCCAAGGCCCUCGCCGAGCAGCUGUUCGACGACGAGAACCUGCUCGUCCGCAUCGACAUGUCCGAGUACAUGGAGCAGCACUCCGUCGCUCGCCUCAUCGGAGCACCACCUGGCUACGUCGGCCAUGAGGAAGGUGGGCAGCUGACGGAGCAAGUGCGGCGGCGGCCGUACAGCGUGAUCCUGUUCGACGAGGUCGAGAAGGCGCACGUCGCGGUGUUCAACACUCUGCUCCAGGUUCUCGACGACGGGAGGCUCACCGACGGGCAAGGCCGCACGGUGGACUUCAGGAACACCGUGAUCAUCAUGACCUCCAACCUCGGCGCCGAGCACCUCCUCGCCGGCAUGGUCGGCAAGAACUCCAUGAAGGUCGCCCGUGACCUUGUCAUGCAGGAGGUGAGGAGGCACUUCCGUCCUGAGCUCCUGAACCGGCUCGACGAGAUUGUGAUAUUCGAUCCCCUGUCCCACGAGCAACUCAGGAAGGUCGCCCGUCUCCAGAUGAAGGACGUCGCCGUCCGGCUCGCCGAGAGGGGUGUCGCCCUGGCCGUCACCGACGCCGCGCUGGACGUCAUUCUGUCUCUGUCCUAUGAUCCGGUUUAUGGCGCGAGGCCGAUCAGGAGGUGGAUCGAGAAGAGGGUGGUGACGCAGCUGUCCAAGAUGCUGAUCCAGGAGGAGAUCGACGAGAACUGCACGGUGUACAUCGACGCGGCGCCGCACAAGGACGAGCUGGCCUACAGGGUGGACAACCGCGGGGGGUUGGUGAACGCCGAGACGGGGCAGAAGUCGGACAUCCUCAUCCAGGUGCCCAACGGCGCCGCCACCGGGAGCGACGCCGCGCAGGCGGUGAAGAAGAUGAGGAUCAUGGAGGACGAGGACGGCAUGGACGAAGAGUAGUAAGUAGUAGAGCGCGUAUGUGCGUGUUGCGCCCCCGGGCAGAGGCAGAGGAGGGCGCCGAUCGAGCUGUGUGAAUGAAUGUGGGGUGUCUCCGUUGAAUAAGCUGUGAAAUAUGGUGUUUUUCCGAUGAUGCCUUUUUGUGAAGUUGUUGUUCUGCUAAGACGACUUUCUUUUGUGAAAUUUCUGAUGAACUGAAGAAGUGUAAAAACGUUUACGUUCUGGUUGAGUUGAGUUGAAAGUUCAUGUGUUUACGGAUGACAAAA